CUAUAUGUAUGUAUAAUAUAGCAAGUGGCAGAACCAUCAUAUAAUAGAUAUAUAGUAUAAUCAUAAUAAGAGACAAAGAGAAGAAAAGGAAGAGGAGGAGGAUGGAGGCGUCUCUUCCCCUGAGAAUCCUGUCUUCGUUGCUUCUUCUGGGAUUGAUUUGGUUCAUCAUUUAUCUCUGCAACACCAUCUUCAUCUUGCUUAUUAGCUCCCACAGGGUUAAGAGGAAGCUGUGCAUGCAAGGCAUCACUGGACCUUCUCCUUCUUUUCUCUAUGGAAAUCUCUCUCAAAUGCAACAAAUUCAAUCCAACGCAAUCAACCGGUCUCAUACUCAUGGCGAUUUUGUUGCCCAUGACUACACUUCUUCCAUCUUUCCUUACUUCGAACACUGGAGAAAACUAUACGGUCCAGUAUACACAUAUUCAACCGGGUUUAGGCAGCAUUUGUAUGUGAACGACCCGGAGAUGGUGAAGGAAAUGAACCAGUCUCUCAGUCUGGACUUGGGGAAGCCUACUUACAUGACCAAAAGACUCGAACCCAUGCUUGGAAAAGGCAUUAUCAGGUCCAACGGCCACGUUUGGGCUCAACAGCGCAAAAUCAUUGCGCCCGAGUUCUUCAUGGACAAGACCAAGGGAAUGGUAGGAUUGAUAGUGGAGUCAGCAAAACCAUUGCUCAGAAAAUGGGAGCAAUGCAUUGAAGCCCAGGGUGGUAGACAAGCAGACAUUACAAUUGAUGAGGACUUAAGAGGCCUCUCAGCUGACGUGAUUGCAAGAGCUUGUUUUGGGAGCUCUUACAUGAAAGGCAAAGAGAUUUUCUCCAAGCUUAGAACCCUCCGAACUCUCAUUACCAAGCAAAGCAUCCUGUUUGGGAUAACAAGUUUCGGGUUUUUCGCUUACAAGAACCAAAAGUUGAAGAGGAACUUGGAAACAGAGAUAGAGUCUUUAAUAUGGGAGACUGUGAAGGAACGGGAAAACCAAAGCUUAGACAAAAGCUACAUUGAAAAGGAUCUAAUGCAGCAAUUACUGGAGGCAGCCGUCAACAAUAGCAAUUCCAGCAAUAGCAACUUCUCACCCAAGCACUUCAUAGUCGAUAAUUGCAAGAAUAUAUACUUCGCAGGCCAUGAAGCAACUGCUACUGCUGCAACCUGGUGUAUGAUGCUCCUUGCUUUAUAUCCAGAGUGGCAAUCUCGUAUCAGAGAGGAGGUUACUCAAUUCUGCAGUGAAGGCCUAGAUGCAAAUUCACUGUCCAACUUAAAGACGGUUACUAUGGUGAUUCAAGAGGCAUUGAGGCUAUACCCACCAGGAGCAUUUGUGUCGAGGGAGGCACUGGAACAAGUUCAAAUAGGAAAAAUCACAGUUCCAAAGGGAGUAUGCAUAUGGACCUUAAUUCCAACCAUGCACAGGGAUACCACUAUAUGGGGACCAGAUGCUAAUGAGUUUAGACCAGAGAGGUUCGCAGAUGGGGUCUCAAAAGCAUGCAAAUUUGCCCAAGCCUACAUCCCAUUUGGAGUUGGGACUCGAUUAUGCGUAGGCCGAAACCUUGCUAUGGUGGAGUUGAAGGUUGUCCUAUCCCUCAUCGUCUCCGAAUUCACCUUCUCUUUAUCACCCAAUUAUCAACACUCUCCUGCUUUUAGAAUGAUCGUGGAGCCUGAGCAUGGCGUGCAAAUUAUAAUUCGAAAGGUUUAGCAGUUAGACCUCAAAGCCUUGUACCCAUAUAGUUUAUAAGCUCUUGUUGCAAUAAGCCCUAAUCAACGUCUAAAUUCUCCUUACCUAAUCCUAUGUCAUCUGGGCUAUCUAUGUGCAUUUAAGUGCUAUGUAUACUAUGCCAACUAAUGGACUCUAAUAAAAUUAUUAUUAUAUC